GCCGGAACAACCCCAUCGUAAUAGCGUGCUGACUACUUACUACUGACCUACUAUACAGGGAUUUUAGUGACAAAGCCUUGCUCAUUGGCCCUGUUAGAGGCUAGAGACGAAGACCACUGGUAAUGACCAGUAAUGUUGGGAAAAAAUCCACGGAGGACAGCCGACGGGGGAAAAGCCCUUCUCUCCUCUUAGUCCUGAAUUUUUCCCUCGUUUUGCUAUGUACACGAUCUACUAAGGUUCCCCCCGGAGGGGGGGCUUUACCUUUGCAGUUUACGUGCCUAAACCUGCGCGAAUCUGACGGCCUUCCGAAAUGGGGCUUCACAGCCCGAGCCAAAAUGGGUCCAUUUCCUAACCAUAAUUCUCAACAACGAUUACUAACUUAUCUUAACUAACCGCCAGUCUUGUUUUUGUUUAAAAUCUGGUGGCUCCUUCUUGUCCCGCUGGAAACAUAACAUAUAUAUAGCUAGUUUAGUGCGACCCACGCAUUCGGAACAGCUAUAGUCGCAUCUUGAGAGAACUGCUUCUCUCUAC